GACAAUAAUGUGUGUUGGCAAUGCCGAAGUCAUAGUACAAUGAAACGUCGGAUUACGGUUGGCUGUGCGCAUGCUCAAACCACAAUUCUCAUGACCAUGGUCAUUGUACCGCUACUUUGAAACGGGGUGGGGAAAGUGUUUCCUCCUGACUCCAGACUCCAGUUGCGAGAGUGAAAACAAACGUCUAACCUAAGAUUCUGAGCUUAGAGCUUUCACUGUUUCAGAAAUCGUUUUGAAUAUGUUCUGCUCUCUCGGGUAGUAUAUUUGUUUUCGGUUUGUUUACUGGUCAUUCGUUUGCCGGGAAAUGUGCAGUUGGUGUUUCGUCGAAGAUUUAUGUUCCCAUAUGCUAUGACGUUAGGCCUUGAACUGAGAGCUGGAAGAUGGAUUCUGACAUGUAUGUCAGUGACUGUGUUGUUAUCGACAUGCUGCCGGGGUUUGGAGCUCACAGCGCGCUUCUCUCAAGGCGGGCUCCACGGCGAGAUCCGCUUCACGGCCGACAGCAACGGCUCAGCAUCGACGCCCGGGGCCACCCUGGUCAACACGUACCUCGAAGUGGUGUCGGACCGCGAGGUCAGCGCCGAGAACCCCGACGUCUGGUCGUGGAGCACCCACGAGUUUCCCGUCGACUACUCCCUGCUCGGGGGUCGCUGUGAUGUCGAGAAGCUCGGGCGCAGGAUGGUAGACCUAGACGCGGUGCUCGGGCGCCUGUCGCUGCCGGAGCUUGCCACCAGCGAGAUCGUCGUGCCCGAGGGUGUUCCCCUGGCCUUGACGGGGCCCCAGGGCGUGUGGGCGCGCUCCCUGCUGCUCGUCAAUGACGAUGGCCGCCGGGCCUGCGCCACCAUCACGGUAUCCGGGCGGGCGGACGAGCGUGUGGCGGAGGCUCGCUUCAGCAACCUGGAGGUGUCCGGGUCCGUGCACUUCCGCUGGGUGGGGAGCCACACCCGCGGCCCCGCGGAGUCGCCGCACGACGCCGCCACCCACACCGACACCCUCAUCCUGGCGGACCUGCGGAGGGUGCCGCCGCCCAACGCCACCAAGUCGCGCGCCCCCGUCAUCGUGGACCACGACUGGAGGAUCUACGUGACGGACAUCCUGGACUCGGAGUCUGACAAGUCCCGGGGCAAUUGCAACUUCCUGCAGCUCGUGUUCAGCCCCGACGCGUCCACGGCUACCCUGGGCGACCUCGGUUCCCGCCUCGGCCCGGUGCCGGUGGCGCAGGAGCCCGCCUCGGCGCGCGCCGUGCUCCGGGACCCGCUGCUGGACCGGCUGCAGGCGGACCUGGCGAGCAACGGCCGCAGUCUGUACCUCGUGCUGUUGGACCCCGAGCACCCCGAGAGCUUCCUGGCGUGCGCCAAGAUACGCCUCGUCCCUCCAGUGACCACCGUGGCCACGCUGCAGACCGCGGGGGCGCGCGGCCGGGUGACGCUGUCGCAGCGCUCCCGCUUCGACCCGACCCUCGUGCGCUACGACCUGCGGCUGCCGCGCCCGGACGUGGCGCUGGCGCUGCAGGGCCUCCGCGUCCACGAGCUGCCGCCGCCGGCCGGCCACCUGGGCCGCGACAACCCCUGCAACCACACCGGGGGCGUGUACGACCCCGAGGAGAAGGGCGGCGCCGACGCGCGGCACGGCUUCCGCGGCCAGGACGAGCACGCCGUCGGCGACCUCAGCAGCAAGCUCAUACCCCUCCUGCCCUACCUGCAGAACGUCUCGUUCGACCUGCAGCUUCAGCUUUGGGACAUGUUCCUGCCGCUGCAGGGCCCGCGCAGUGUCGUGCACCGCUCAUUCGUCAUCCUCACGCCCAACGCGAGUGACCCCGCCGCGCGGCCCUCGCCCUGGACGUGCGCGUCCUUCUCUCGCUACGUCUCAGACAACGGCCAGAAGAUGGCCAUCGCGACGGCCGAGGCCGUGUUCCGCUACCCGCUGGCCGGCCGCAUCGUCUUCAGACAGCCCCGAGACGACCCCUUUGCCGACACCACGAUCAUCGUGGAGCCCCUGCUGCACUCGAGCGGCCCCGCCAACAACAGCCAGGACCACCGCUGGAUGGUGCACGACCUGGCGCCCGGCAAGGACUACUUCAACUGGACCGCGCGCUGCAUGAGCGCGGGCGGCGUGUUCGACCCUUACCACAUCCUGCCGGUGAACAGCUCGACGACGGCGGCCACGCUGUGCGACCGCGACAAGCCGGGGCUCUGCCGGGUCGGCGACCUGACGACGCGCCUCGGCACCCUGCACAUCGCGGGCCGGCGGCUGCACGCCGAGGCCCUGACGCGCCGCCUCUUCACGGACCGCUUCCUGCCGCUGAGCGGCGCGGCCAGCGUGCUGGGCCGGUCGCUGGUGCUGUUCGAGGACGACGGGCCCAAGGCCAGGGGCGAGCGGCUCGCCUGCAGCAAGAUCUCCGCCAUCUACCGCAGGAAGGCCGUGGUCAAGAAUUGGUUCAGCAACGGCCAGAAGGCCACCGUCUCGGGGAAGAUUGAGAUCUUCCAACAGUCCGAGUAUGACGGCACGGACGUAGAGGUGAGCCUAGAGGGCCUGGAAGAUGCCAACGCCUACGAGGUGCAUCAGGCACCUGUGGAAGAGCAGUUGGAAUUCCCUUGCGAGGACACAACCUUGGAAGGUGUCUGGGCUCCCCCGUCGUUCCAGCCGACUCUCUCUCCAGGUGUGGGGACACCUGACCAGCACCCACUCGGAGAUCUUGCUGCCAAAUUUGGCUACCUAGAUAAUCAAACCCACCUGAAUGUUGCGUACAACGACUCUACUCUCCCUCUCUUUGGCCGAAACGCUAUCAUCGGCAGGUCGAUAGUCAUCUCCAAGAAGGCAAAGAAUCGCAGAUGGGCGUGCGCAUCGCUUGAGAGGGGGUAUGCCCCUUCUGAGGCCCGUGAACUCAGAGCUAUUGCAUCUUUCCAUCAUCCGGCUGGAUUUGCGUACGGUUACAUUAAAUUGACUCAAUUAAUUCAUUCUGAUAACAGCCAAAGUGAUACAGUUAUUGAAGUAAACUUGAGGCACCCUGGUAAACAUGAUAGGAAUAUUGUUCUCUUAGACGCGGCUAAACUGCGACCAAACCAGGAAAGAGCUAGAGGCUUUAUGGGAGAAGUUCUCAAGUACUGCCUCCUCAGCUACUGCCGCAACUCAUUGACCUGCUCAGGAAUCUCAGCUGGCCCGGGCAAGAGACAAGCUGUGAAGCUGUGGCCAAUACAAGUCUAUCAGUGUUAA